UUCCACUAUAAAUUGGAGGAGCGCCUUCCCCUAUGCACGCGUUCUUUCUGUGUCUGUUCUCGAUCUGUCAUGGCUGAAUUACGGGUGCAAUGCUCUCGUCUCCCAUCGCGACUCUCUCCUCUCUUCCUCUCCCCAUCUUUUUCCUCCACCUCCCCGUCUCUCCCCCUCCAUCGGCGGAGUUCCUCCGACCCUUUACUUCCGCCGGAAUCCUCCAUCUCUUUGUCCUUCACAACCGAGCUUGGCGUUGGUAGCCCCAUAAGUCGUCCUCAUGUCGUAACAGAGGCGAUCGCCCACGAUUCCCGUCGGCUCUGCGUUCCUUACAUCUCCGACAAUACUCUCCCUUAUCAAGAGGUGUUAAAAAUUGUGCGGAGCGCGGAUGCUGUGUGCUUCGACGUCGACAGCACCGUUUGCAUCGACGAAGGAAUCGAUGAGUUGGCGAACUUCUGUGGGGCGGGAGAAGCCGUUGCCGAGUUGACGAAGAGGGCAAUGGGUGGAUCUGUUUCGCUCCAGGAGGCUUUGUCUGCAAGGCUUAACAUCUUCAAACCUUCCCUGGCACAGUUGAAUGAUUUCCUCAGCAAGAGGCCACCAAGGCUCUCCCCCGGCAUACCUGAGGUGGUGAAAAAGCUAAAGGAUAUGAAAGUCGACGUCUAUUUAGUUUCCGGAGGGUUCCGUCAAAUGAUCAAACCCGUCGCAGCAUUUCUUGGCAUUCCACCGGAGAACAUAUAUGCUAAUCAACUAUUAUUUGGAAGCGCCGGUGAGUUUGCCGGGUUUGACCCAGAAGAGCCAACAUCUAAAACUGGAGGAAAAGCUGUUGCUGUGGAGAUGAUAAAGAAGAUACAGGGAUAUAAAGUGGUGGUCAUGGUCGGAGAUGGGGCAACGGACUUGGAGGCCCGAAGAGAAGGCUCAGCUGACCUGUUCAUCUGUUAUGGAGGAGCUCAACUGCGUCAGAACGUCGCCGGUAGAGCUGAUUGGCUGAUCUUCAAUUUCGAUGACUUGUUGGAAGCAUUGCGCUUCUCCAAUUAGGGGUAAUUCUUUGACACAUCGCAGCUUAUUGGUCUUUUAUGGUCGUGUUGCGCGGUGGGCUUCGCCUUGAGCCACCUCGUCAGGGCUGUUGGUCCCAUGUGCGGCAGAUCACUUAGCCGAUACGCUGAACAAGUGAAAUAUUCAUCGUCUGGCUAUCCAGGUGUUUUGGUUGUUGAGUUGUUGUUCCCUUGCUUUAUUGAAAGGCUUUCACCCUCCGAUUGUGCUGAAAGCUCAUGCUGUUAACACUUGUCGAAUUAAAGAAAACAUAUGCUUUUGCGUUGUC